AUGAAGCGAUCCAUUUCUGCGCGUGCGCGAGAUGUGAAAAGGCUUCUUGAAGACUUCGACAACUCCACCCCAGAAGGCCGCGAGAAGGAGGCCGAGGAUCCCAAGGAGAAGGAUGCCAAUAACCAGGCCUGGAAGGCGAGGCAAGUGGCCAAGAAGGUUGCUCGGAAGGAGGCUGAUGGGUCCCGCGAAGUCACUGGUAAGUGA